AUGUCGAAGCAGCCGAAGUGCGAUUUCUUGAACCAGCCAAUGAAGCAAGUGAUUUCGAAGCUUAAGAAGGACAGCAUUUUGCCCGAGUGGAAGGGCGUAACCUGCCCUUACUGCAACGUCGGCGUGCUGGGGCCGCUACAGAACUUCGGGCCGAAGAGGGGCGGCUGGAGCUAUCGAUGCGGGAGCCGCGGUUGCCGCCGCCACGUAUUGCCCCAUUCGUUACAUCCAGUGUUUCGUGCGGCCACGGGCGCUUCCCAUACGAGCUUGCCUGUCCAAGCGUCCAUCCUCUUCUGCGCCGUGAGCGGUUGCACGGUUGCAGCCAAGUUCAGGAAACGCGAUUGGUGCCCGCUGGCAACAAAGUGGCUCAAGGGCCGCUCCGUCAUUCUGCACACCGACGGCGCCAGAUCAUACAAACUGAAGGUGCCAGGUGUGACGCACGAUUGGGUAGUGCACAUGAAGAAGAGAGUGAAGAUCAACGGUAAGUUCGUAUGGAUCAAACCACUGUUUUCGAAGGUACGCAAGCACGUGGGGAUUCAGAAAGUGGUUGGUAGCAAAAUCCUACGAGACAAGAUCCGCUCCGCACAGUGGUGUUAUUGGAACUGCGGCUGUGAUUUGUGGGCUGCCACUGGCGACGUGUUUUAUCAUGAGUUCGAGAGGACGCAUCUUGGGUAG